GUUCAAUCUAGAGGUUUGCCUUGGGUGUGUGUCUGAACCGCUAUAAUGCUUCUCUCCUGUCUUUGGUUGUCAACUCUCCUAGCUUCAGUCUGUUGUUUGUCACUUCAUGUUAAGGUGAAAGAUGCUACAGAUAAAGUAGUGAAACUUUCAGCUGAGGAAAAGGCAGAAGAAUGGAAGAAAAUCUACAGCAAUGCCCCAGAUGUUCAAGCACCAACAUUCAAUUGUCAAGUAGACCGUACCCCCAGAACGCCUUCUAGUGUUCAUGAGCUGCGACCUCAGGAUAUUAACGUGAUUGCUGCACUUGGUGACUCUAUUACCGCAGGAAUGGCAGCUGGAGCUGAGAGCAUGUUAGAGAUUAUGGGAGAAUGGAGAGGUCACUCUUGGAGCAUUGGAGGAAGGAACAGCUAUGAGAUGGGCAUCAGAACCAUGCCAAACAUCCUGAGAAAGUUUAGUGAGUUCCUGCGUGGUUUCUCUACAGAUGAGGUGGACGUGGAUGAUCAAGCAGCUGGCUUCAAUGUUGCUGUGUCCGGAUCAACUGCAGAAGAUAUUCUGGAACAGGCACAAGACAUGGUGCGUAAGAUGAAUGCCAACACUGAUGUUGACUUUGCCAAUGACUGGAAACUGGUAACAUUGCUGAUUGGAGGAAAUGACCUGUGUCGUGUCUGUGAUGACUGGGACCUACUAGGGCCAGAGAACUACUUGAACAAUGUCCGUUCUACCCUUGAUCACUUCCACUUCAACAUGCCCCGUGCCCUCAUCAAUGUUGUCCUGAUGUUUGAUAUCACCCCUCUACCCAUCAUGAGUGACAAUAUUCUUUGUGAUGGCUGGCAAGAUAUUGCCUGCCCCUGUGCAACUGACCCUGAUGACAGACAGCGACUGAGGGAGAUUCAGCGUGCAUAUGGUCAUGUCCUGCAAGAGCUGAUUGCCAGCAACCGUUACGAAGACCGCGAUGACUUCACUGUGGUCCUUCAGCCAACACUUUAUGAUGCUACACCACCAAUGGAUGAGAAUGGUCGGCCAAGGCGAGAAUAUUGGUCCCCAGAUUGCUUCCAUCCUGGCCUACUUGGUCACUAUGCCUGUGGGAUAGGACUCUGGAAUGGAAUGUUUGAACCUGUGGGCAAUAAGACAACAGUCCUCAACUGGGAACCUACUGAGAUCAAGUGCCCUACUGCUGAGAGGCCAUAUAUCUUCACUGCUAACAACAGUGCUAGUGCACCAGGUGAACUGGUGAAGCAGACCAUCUACCCAACAAUUGAGCUGUAACCAUAGAAAGCAAUGUGAACCAUACCAUUUUCAGACUUUGUUCUUCUAAUUGACCAAAUAAAUACUGUACACAAUCAACAUGAUAAUUUUCUAUGUACUUUGAAAAUAUUGUAAAUCUACAACAAAAUAAAAAUUGACUUUCAAGCAGAAAUUGUAUUCCCAAAGUAUGUGUAUAAAAGAUGGAAGAUAUAGGGUCAACCAUAUCUGAGAUAUCGCCCAGAUUGAUGGACAAAGAUAUUGACAGAUGAAUGGCUGGGUGCGCAACAGAUAGAUCGGAGUGCUCUAUAUCUCCUGUGUUCAAUGAAAUGUUAAUAG